GUACUACUUGAUUGUUGAAUAGUAGCGUUCGUCAACGCGCGUUUCGACCGUUUAUACUUGCACCAUCAAAGCGGUGCACACGCGCUCUAUACGCAUACGCAUAAAAGAUGCAGGCUCUCAAUCACCGCGCUAAUGCUUACAACACUAGUAGCGCAGCGCGGCGUGGGCGCGCGGGAGCGUGGGCGCGAAGGGCUCCCAUCGUCGUCGCGGCGCAAAACAAGCAGCAAGAGGCCGCAACGGCUGUUCAGACCCCCGCGCCCUUCCCCACCAGCUACGUCAUGGCGAUGCGCCAGGCCCAGGAGGCUGUGAAGGCGGCUCUGGCGGACGGCGCCAAACUGGUGGAGGUGGAGUUCCCCUCAACAACCCUGUCCAGCGUGUCGGGCGACGGCGAGGGGCAGAACGAGAUGAACGCGAGCAUGGGCUACCUGAGGACGUUCCUGGGAGGCUUCAGGUCCCGCGCCGCCAGCACGCGGGUGUUCUUCCCGGACAAUGUGGAGCUGGCGGUGGCGCGCAGCGGCCAGACCGAGGACCCCAGCGCGGGUCGCAAGGCCCUGGACCCACAGUUUGCAGACGUCACCUUCCAGCUCGGCUACCUGACAGAGCAGAACGCGGCGUGGGCCAUGUUCGGCUUUUACAAGUCGGCGUUUGACCCGGUCAAGCUGGUCAAGGACACGGAUGACCUGCUUGUGGUGGCCUACCCCUCCUUCAACCCGCGAGAGGAGCUGAGUGCGGUGUACGAGCUGUACCAACAGAAGGCCAAGGCGCGAGGCAUGCCCAUUGUCAUCUUCAAUGGCGAACUGGACCGUGUGCGUGGCGGCUACUACCCGUCCGUGUUCUUCCCGGAGAUCGCGAAGUUCGGCAAAGAGCUGUUCCCGCUGAUGACCACCGCCUACUACAUCCACAACUUCAAAGGCACGCGGCCGGCCACGCUGUUCCGCUGCUACCCCGGCCCCUGGCAGCUGCUGGUGCGCAACCCCCUGGACGAGGAGGACGUCCGGACGGUGUGGAGCAGCGAGCGCAUGCCCACACUCAAGGAGGUGGCGCUGGAGAUCCUGCCCAGCGUUUGGAAGUAAUGAUAUCCGAGUUUAGGGGUUAUGGAAUAAAUGUUUGGAAGUCGUUUGUGCGAGUGAUCACAUGCAAAGUGGUUUAUGGAGCUGUGUGGAGUAGGGCUAGGACACGAUGGUUUGAUGGCCUGUUGAAGUGAGGCGUUGGAAUGAGGCGUUGGAAUGAGGCGUUUGUGCGCGAAAGGUUGAGUUGCUUUUUGAGCCUUUGAGGCUGCAACAUAGCUGGUGUGUGCUGCGGAUGAUAUGUCGACUGGGUAUUAUUGUUUUAUCAAGUGAGCAGUUUUGGGCAGCAGCGGUUCGUUAUGCGGUCCACGUAACCAGCAGUGUGGCAGGUACCCGCAACGUAUGGCGUGCAGAGCAGUACGUAGUGCGGCUGUGUGUGGCGGGCUGGCUGGCCUUCCAUGUUCUUGCAGAUUGCCAGAGUCCCAAGAGGUUUGCUCGAAAACCUAGGAGAGAAGAAAAGUAUUCGGAAACGAGUGUACGGUACUGUGGGAGCUCAAUAACAUGUGUGAUACAUGUUCAAGGCUGUGCAGCCUUCAUGCAUGCGCACAUUCGUUGCGGGACUGAGCACGUAAUUAACUCGGAUAGGCACGGUACGUGUGAGCCCAGUCAGCCCCGCACGGUUUGGCUGGGGGAUGUGCGCGUGCGUGCCCGAAAGGUGCCGUUAACGUAGAUUGACUAGAACUGCCGUACGUUCCAAUGCCGUGUGCCACACGCACCUGCCCUCCCUGCUAUGGAACCAGUCCUUUUGGAUUUCACCUUCUAUU